AUGGAGAACAAGAAGAAUAUUGUGUUUAAAAAAAUUGAAAAGAAUAUAAUGGUUGUUAAAUGUAUAGAAGGCUGUCCAUUUUAUAUUAGGUUUAACAUGCAGACUAGCAACCAAUUUUGGCAACUCGUUAGCUUAACUGAUCAAGAUAGUUGUCAUAUGAGAGCCAAGAAUAGACACACGAAAACGGAUUGGUUAGCUCGAAAAUCUGUGUAUACUAUAAGACACAUUCCUGAAAUGAAAAUCAAAGGGUUGAUUACAGAAGCUAUUAAGAAAUGGAGGGUGAAGUUGUCAAAGGAUCAAGCUUAUAGAGCCAAGAAAAAAAGAAAUAGAAUUUAUCCAAUGUGCUAG